AUGAGUUGUUGUACCGUAGUCGAACAAGAGUGGAGGAUGAGGUAUUUAUGGCUACGGUUUCCGUCUUUUAAGUCGGAGAGGAGAUUAGCGGAUGUGACCCGAUUUCGAUACGCUUUUUGGGGUUUAGCGAGCGAUGGUAGUAUCGUGAUGACGUGA